AUGAUCCGAAACCUUAAACCAGUCCUUCGGAAUGUACCUUCUUCCUCAAAAACGGCAACUGCUCUUAGGGCUAUCUCAACAUCACCUAUAAGAUCAAUGGCUACCACCAAUGUCACUGAGCCAAAUGUCAUACGAGGUCAUUCAGUAGAAGAUCUGCACAGCAUGAGCGCCGGGGAGAUCCUGAAAGAGGGAACAUCUAGGAAAGAUGCUCAAAUGAGACAUUUCACUGUCAACUUUGGGCCUCAACAUCCUGCUGCUCACGGUGUGCUUCGAUUGAUCCUUGAGUUGAACGGAGAGGAAAUCCUCCGUGCCGAUCCUCAUAUUGGUCUUUUACACAGAGGAACUGAGAAACUCAUCGAAUACAAGAAUUAUACUCAAGCUUUACCAUAUUUCGAUCGAUUAGAUUAUGUCUCAAUGAUGACCAACGAAUUAUGUUAUACACUCGCCGUUGAGAAGUUAUUGAAUAUCGAAGUACCAGAAAGAGCUAAAUGGAUUCGAACGUUAUUCGGAGAACUCACACGUGUAUUGAAUCAUUUGAUGGCUGUUUUGACCCAUGCGAUGGAUGUCGGUGCAUUGACACCUUUCUUAUGGGGUUUCGAAGAACGAGAGAAAUUGAUGGAAUUCUACGAGAGAGUAUCAGGAGCGAGAAUGCACGCUGCAUACAUUAGACCUGGUGGAGUAGCAUUCGAUUUACCUCAUGGAAUGUUAGAUGAUAUCUUCAAAUGGGCAACUCAAUUCUCAAGCAGAGUAGACGAAAUCGAAGAAGUAGUCACUGGAAACCGAAUUUGGAAAGGUAGAACAAUCGGUAUCGGAACGGUGACUGCUCAACAAGCUUUAGAUUAUUCUUUCUCUGGUGUGAUGUUGAGAGGUUCAGGUGUUCCUUGGGAUAUCAGGAAGGUAGCACCUUACGACGCUUACGAUCAAGUCGAAUUCGAUGUACCCGUAGGAAAGAACGGUGAUUGUUAUGAUCGAUAUCUAUGCAGAGUUCAAGAAUUCAGAGAAUCACUUCGAAUCAUCGAUCAAUGUCUCAACAAGAUGCCCACCGGUGCUGUUAAAGUAGAUGACCACAAAAUCGUACCUCCUCCCAGAGCAUCAAUGAAAGAGAGUAUGGAAGCAUUGAUCCAUCACUUCAAGAUCUUCUCAGAAGGAUACACCGUACCACCCGGAGAAACGUAUUCAGCGAUCGAAGCACCAAAAGGUGAAAUGGGUGUCUACUUAGUAUCAGAUGGAUCAAACAGACCUUAUAAAUGUAAAAUCCGUGCACCUGGAUUCGCUCAUCUGGCAGGAUCAGAUUUCAUGAUGAGACAUCAAUUCUUACCUGACGCUGUAGCUAUUAUCGGUACUAUGGAUUUAGUAUUUGGUGAAGUUGAUAGAUAA